CAGGGACGCAGCCACUGAACUGUGAGUGCGCGCUAAAUUCAAAGCUCCUCAACUUAAAAAUACGAUUUAUUUAUUUAUUUUUUGUAAACCAUGAUUUAGAAGUUAUUUAGUUUCAAACUAGUGAAAGUCUUAAAAGAAUGUUCAGAAAUGUGUUGGCUCUCAGCGCUGCGUCAGCGACCCAAAUAGUCUGGGGACUUUCCACAGCAGCUGUUUACGCACAGCUGUCUUUGGUUUACUCGUAAUGAGACUCCCGAUGGCUGAAGGAGCAGCAAGACUCCGCUGUGUGUCGCCGUGGAAGUGACCGAGUGUAUCCAGGUGGAUCAGCGGCUGAAGACGUGUGCGUCUCAUGACAUGGAGUGACACAGCAUCCCAAUGGGUGGAACAGAGCGUCUGUGGUUAUUAGCCAGUUUAUGUCAGGUGGCAGCACUGACCUGUGAACAGCAUUCAAAUCCCGUUGAGGUUGAAAUUGGGUUUCAGUCCUUUCCCUCCAGUCAAGAUCCAGACAGCUUCACUGUCACCUGCAGGACUGCGAGUGACCAUCUGGUGUUUGUGGAGCCCAUCGAUCACUCGGCGUGCUCUCCUGAUUGUAAGAUGUCUCUGCAACUGGUUGAGGAUCAAAGAGGAUACAACGUGACCUUGACGUCCAGCAGGAAUGAUAGCACACUCGAGGCAAAGACGUUUGUCUUCAUCCCAGUCUCCCUAUCUUCCCUUCAUGUGCGCAGUACAACCACAUCUGCUCUCCUGACAUGGAAACUUGACAGACAGCAAAUCUUGUCCACCUUGGUUCUACACAACACUCACACACAGUCUGUGACACACACCUUGAACCUGAAGCCCUCAGAGGCAGGAAAGUCCCAGUACACAGUGGGUGGUCUCCAGCCUGGCACGUGGUACAAGGUCAAAGUUGAGGUGACGACGUUGCUCAAAGGGUUUAAUGUGAUCCUGAAGCAGAGGCUAAGCAUCAGAAUGGAAACAGCUCAGUGUCCCUCGGCUUGGCUGGCAAAUGGAAGGAGCUGCUACACAGUGAGAGGACGAGGGAUGAGGUGGAGUGAUGCUCAACACAGCUGCAAACAGCUGGCAGCUGGGAGUCGUUUGGCCGACCUGACAAACCCUGAGGAUGUGCUGUUCGUAUCGUCUCACCUGCUGAGCCACAACAACCUGCUGCUCUGGACUGGACUCAGUGACCAGCAGGAGGAGGGCAAACCUCUCUGGUCUGAUGCUUCUUCAUACAACCUGACAGACAACCAGAGGGGCUGUUUUGCUCUUCAGAGGAAUGCGACAGGACCAGAAUUCUUUCUCACUCCUUUCUUCUGUAACAUUGACUUACCCUUCAUCUGUCAAUACCAAAUCCCUCAAGUCCCGUCUUCAUUCUCCUUUGACCUGGGUCAGGUGACAGAGCAACAGGUUGAGCUUCGCUGGAGUGACUUUUCACCCCUCAACACCCUUGAACACUCAUUUGAGAUAUUCCUCCAGUACCAGAUGGAGGCAGAUGCAGAGUCAGUGAAGAGUGGAAGCAGGACGUCACCGGGCAACAGAGGAACAAAGAGUCUGGACAGUGGUAAAAGAAUCGUCAAAGUCCCUAUCUCCCUGUCCUCCAGAGGGGUCACUGUGGCAGGUUUGUCUCCAGGGAGCGUCUAUUUCUUCACCCUGCAGGCCUCUCACCCCACAGGCUUCACCUGGAGCCUGGGACAGACACUGACUGCACACUCCAGACCGCUGCCUCCUCGAAACAUCACCGUCAGCUCUGUUACAGUCAGUCACAUGACUGUUCACUGGACACUGUCACAUGCACGACACACAGCUGCAUGGACAUUCGUCGUCCGCUGUGUGGACGUGUCUGCGAGGCAAGAGACGAUCGUUGGAAGGAUUAACAUCUCCUGCUCAUCGAAGACUGGUGGAUCUCAGUCAUGCAGCGCUGAGAUCGGAGGACUGGCGUCUCACAGGAAGUACACAGUUGAAGUUUACACAGUUACUCAACAUGGAAUAGAGAGCUGUCGACAAACAGCUGUGACUGCACAGACCGCGGUGAGGCCCCCCAGUGCUGUGAUGGUGAUGAGCAUGAGGGGAAAUCUGACCAUCUGCUGGACCAGUCCACUUGAUGACCCACCGGAUGGUUAUUACAUCACAGCCCCCUCGCUCAUCGACCCCAGAGUUUCUUCACUGUGGAUAAACCAGUCCAGUCCUAGUGCUGUCUGGAUGAAUCAGUCCAUGUGUGUUGAUUUGGGCACAUUUACUCCAGGUCAGACUUACGAAGUGGGCCUGGUUGCAGUGAUGGGAAAAGACAGGAGCCAGAGAACCAGUGUCUCACACACCACAGAUCCAUCACCGGUCAAAGUGGCAGUUCCUCUCUCAGUGGGUCCAAACUCUGUAAAGCUGUACAUUCAGCAUCCACAGCUGGGUCUGAUUGAUGGCGUGAAAGUGUGUGUGUGUCCUGGGGUUUGUGACACUGAGUGUGAAGGAUCGUGUGGCUAUUCAUGUGACUGGUUCUCCCUCCCUGCUGGAGUUCACACUGUAACGCUGCAGGACCUCAGUCCAGGAUCACAGUACCAGCUCAGGAUUCACAGCUCCAGUAAAAAUCACACUGGACCGCCUCAAUACACAAGCCCCAUCAGAACAAGUCUGUUGCCUCCCAGCAGAGUGAGGGAGGGUGUGGUGACAAAUUCAUCCAUAGAGCUGCACUGGGAUCAUGCUCCUGGAACAGCCCACAGCUAUGAAGUCAUGUGCCUCAACUGUGACCAUUCACACAUGGUGCAGAAGGUGUUCAGCCAACACGCUGUGUUUUCCAGCCUCACUCCAGGCAAACUUUACCACUUUGCAGUGCGAACAGAGAAGGAGACAUUCACAGACAGUUCCCCCAUCACCAUCAGCAUCACUGCAGCUCCCAGCCCAGUGGAAGUGUCUCUCCUCAAUAAAUCCACAUCAUCUUUACAUAUUGGUUGGAGUAUGGUGAGGGGAGUCGUGAGCGCACUCAUCCUGUCAAUCAAAAAUACCACAUCCAAUCACCAGCUGAUCAUUGAUCAUCAGGAGCUCAGAUCAUACAGAUUUAAUGCUCUCACUCCUGGAAGCCGAUAUACAAUAGAUGUGAUUUGUACCAGUGGGGAAAGGAAGAGUAAACCAGCUACGCUGAUCCUCUAUACAAUUCCAGGGGAACCAGAGGAUGUAACUCUUUCAGAGCACGCAGUGACGUCGGUGUUUGUCACAUGGAGAGCACCGCCUGGACGGGUGGAGGGCUACAGGCUUGGGUUUGGCCUCCUGUCUGUGGACAAAAAGUCAUGGAUUGAGGUGAUUCUCCAGGGAACGAGCUAUGAGGUCAGGGAUUUGAUCCCUGGCUCAGACUACGGUGUAAGCAUUCAGAGCGUGUUGGGUUCAGACACCAGUGAGGCCGUCCACAGAGAGUUCAGCACACGUCCAGCAGGUAUUUGCAGCCUCCAUCUCGACCAUGUGAACUCAUCCUCUGCCUCUGUGAGCUGGGACCAUGCAUCAGGAGACUUUGACUUCUACAGAGUCACAGUGGCCCACGCCUCACUCCAAAACACACUUAUCAUACCGAAGGAGGAGCAGGUUGCCGUGGUUACAGGUCUGGCGAGUGGCUGCAGGUACAACGUGAGCGCUGAGAGAGUCAGAGGAGUGACAGUGGGGAGUGCUGCCCUUCUGACUGUAACUACAGUGCCAGCCCGUGUGCAAGGAGCGCAUGUUUUGAAUGUGUCUGCACGUGCGUUCUCGCUGCGCUGGCAGCAGGCAGCAGCAGGGUGUGUGGAUCAUUACCAAGUGAGCCUGCUCCCUAACCGGGGAAAAGUCACAGUGCUGCCUGGUCGUGAUGGAUACAUUCAGGCCGAUGUGGUCAGCGUCAGUCCAGGGACAGAGUACACAGUCACAGUCACAGCAGCCUCCUCGUCCAACAUCAGCCCUGGGGUCAGCCGCAUGAUCGUUACUAAUGACACCGUUCCUGGUCCACCCACAGGCCUAGAAGGAGAGGCCGUGGGCUCUAACGGCAUCCUGCUCUCCUGGGCCAUGCCAUCUGAUGAUGAUGUCAACAUUGAUGGAUAUGUCAUCAGGUAUAAGGAAGUAUGUCCCUACCCUGACCCCACCUUCACACAGGUGACGAUGAACCUGGAUAUACCAGAGACUCUACUCACUGACUUCACCUCAGGUUCUACCUACCACAUUCAGGUAGCAGCCAUAGCUCCAGCUGGAUUAGGAGCCUUCAGUAAAUCUGUGUACAUAAAGACAGCAGAAUCCCCCCCCGGCCUGGUCACCAAUUUAACUGCAUUUGCUCAAAACCACACGUUUGUCAUGGUCACCUGGUUCCUGCCGCGCCGCAUCAACGGCCUCAUCACCAAGUUUGCCGUCAAGGCGAAACACGCCCGCACUGGUCAGACCAUCCGCAUGCUGGAGGUCAACGCAGAGGACAUCAUGACUGUGGCACUGCCUCACUGCAAUGAUGCAGCUGAUAUCCUGUCUCGUGCCACUCUGAGUCCGUUAGAGAUGACGGCAUCGUCUCCACCCAUCACCCUCUCCGCUGUCCCCUCUGCGGCCUCCUGGAGUGUUCCUAUAUCAGUGGGAGUGGAUCAGCUGCGACCUUACACUGCCUAUCUGUUCGAAGUGUCUGCCUUCACCUCUGAUGGAGAGGGACAGAUAGCCUCCACAAUGGUCCGCAUGCCAGAGUCAGCCCCAGAAGACUCACCCCAAAACUUCUCUGUACUGAAUAUGACGUCGAGAUUGAUCUCGGUGUCCUGGAACUCUCCCAGCAUCAUCACAGGGAAAUUCUCCUACAUGGUUUAUCUUUAUGGACCAGGACUGGUGUCUGAGGAAAGCACAGGGGACAUGCGCUUCACGUUUGCCGGUUUGACGCCCUACACCAGGUACUCAGUGGGUGUUCGAGCCAGAGCAGCUGGAGAGCUGGGUCCUGCAGCACAGGAAGAUGUAGUUACACUUGCUGAAGCUCCCAGUGCAGUGCAGAACCUGUUAGCAGUAGCUGAGGACUCAGUGUCAGUCUGUGUGAGGUGGAAAAUCCCUGCUCAGCCCAAUGGACCGAUCAUGCAGUACAGACUGCAGGUGUUGGUAGAAGACACUCUGCUGCAGGACAUCACCCUCAUUGCAGAAGUGAAUUCAACAGAUUUAUACGAUGCUGAGACAUUUACCCCCAAUGUCCCACACAACUCAGGAAGGCGUAAGAGAGCUGCUGACCUCAGUGUGACCACAUCUCCAUCCCCUUUCACACCCACUGUUUCUGACCACACACUGCCCACUGAAAUAACUGCAUCCAGCUUCAAGCACUCUACACUUGGCAGCUCUGACAGCAUCACCAGCACAGACUUUCAACCUUCCACUGAGAAUCCAGACCAGACCAGAUUUCCCUCUGCUUCAACCUCCUACAGGGCAGAUAUUCACUCAUCUGACCCUUCUGUCUCUGGAACAAGUGCUUUUUCUUUCACCACUGUGCCACCUGCUACUCUUCCACCCUGGUUGACAAAGCAAACACACACUGGGGAUAUGAACACAGAUUCCUCUUCCUUGACCCUGACUCCAAGCCAGGCCCGCAUGUCCACGCGUGAUGCAUCCAUAACGGGACACUUCUCAACACGCGGCGCAACAUCUUCUGGAACCACAGGUGUAACAGUCAGAGAGGAGGUGAUGGAUGUCCUGUUGGAGGAGUUGUCUUACCUGGUGUCAGAUCUGCAUCCCUUCACUGAGUACACAUUCAGGGUCACUGCUUACACCACUGUGGGAGAAGGUCCUGCCACGAACAUCACUGAGAAGACCCGGGAGCAGGUUCCGAGCUCGGUGCUUGAAGUGUCCUAUGAGAACAUAAGCUCCACCUCCAUACAAGUCAGCUGGGUCCCGCCUCUCAACCCUAACGGACGGAUCACACAUUACACUGUGUACGGCCUGAAAGUGCACAAUAACGAGGCCCUGAAGUGGAUGACUAACACGACCAGCGUGUUGAUCACAGAUUUGGACAAGCACACUGGAUAUAAGCUGCGAGUGGCUGCAUCUACAGCGGCAGGAGAGAGUGAACUCUCUGAGCAGGACGACAUCUUUGUCUACACUUUAGAGGACGAGCCUGACUCCCCACCUGUGAACCUCACUGUGGUUGAGACCAGCCCUUCCACUGUCACACUGGCCUGGUCCCCACCAGAGGAAGCCAAUGGUGUGAUCCAGUUUUACGAGGUCCUGUACGAGAACGGAUCCUUCUCCGCUGCGAUGAACACCUCCUCAGACAGAGUGACUCUUCUCAACGUGAAGCCGUUCUCGUACUACAACGUGUCUGUGAGGGCGUACACGCGCUACGGCCACGGCAACCAGACGUCGGACAUUUUGCACCUCUUGUCUGGAGAAGAUGUCCCGGGCAGCCCUGCAUACGACCUCUCCUAUGAGUCCGUCAGUCCUAGUGAGGUGAACGUGACCUGGCAGCCUCCUCUGCUUCCUAACGGAGUCAUCACCCACUACAGCCUGGAGCUUUGGAACUCCAGCCAUUACCUGAACCUCACCUCGCCAGACAACUUCAUCCACGUCACGCAUCUGCGGAAGUACACGCAGUACCGCAUGGUGGUGCAGGCACACACGCGUGCGGGGCCAGGAAACUACAGCGAGCCGCUCAACAUCACCACACUGGAGGAUGCUCCAGACACGCCUCCUCAGUUCCUCCGUUCCAGAAAGCUGUCAGACUAUGAGGUGGAGUUGUCAUGGCAACCACCACUCGAAGCCAAUUCAGACAUCCUCUACUACAUUGUCAGAGUUUGGAAUGAAACAAGUGAGCUGUGGCAGAAUGUGACCGAGACGUCAGUGGUUAUUAAUGUGGACUCAGAGAGUCCCUACAAUGCAUCCGUAUCCAGCUGGACCAGACUGGGAGAUGGAGGAGUGAUAAUCUACAUCAGCUUUACCACCACAGACGCAGAGCCUUUUGAUCCCCCACAGGAUGUGACUGUUUCUAACAUGACUACCUCUUCUGUCACUCUGCUGUGGAAGCCACCCACUCAACCCAAUGGAAUUGUUGUACACUACACUAUUUACUACUCUGAAAACAACACUGUGACUGAGCAGAGGCUUCCUGUUUCAGAUUUACCUGCCCCUGCCUCUCCUGAUUUACCCUUCUCCUACACACUGACGGGGCUGAUUGGGGGCACUGAGUACAUUGUGUGGAUGACAUCCAGCACUGUGCAGGGAGACGGAGGUGUCCAGAGCCACAAUCUGACCCUGCUCUUACCCGAGGACGUACCAAGUGACCCAGUUCAAAACCUGUCGGCUCAGGUCUACAGCUCCACAGCCAUCAUCGUCAGCUGGGACCCUCCACUGCAGCCAAAUGGCCGUCCGUACUACCUGCUCACCUUACAGGAGGCUGGCGUCCCCCCAGAUGUGUCCAACCAGGGAACUCCUGCCGUCAACAAGACCAUCAAGCACACAACAUAUGACAAUGUCUUUCUGUUUCCAAGACUCAAGAAGUAUUUCCCUUACGUGUUUACCGUUACCCCGGCAACAGCUGCUGGCGCUGCCUACAACCACACCAGCACUAUGUACCUGAGAACACAAGAAGACAUUCCUAGUUCUCCUCCAUUGCUGGUGUCAGCCAGAAACCUGUCAUCAUCCUCCAUCGCUGUGGUCUGGCAGCGCCCUCUGGAGGCUAACGGGGAGAUAUCCGAGUAUAUCCUCACUCUGUCCGGUCCAGGAGGCUCCAACACGACACAUAGCCCCAACAAUUCCAUGAUCCUGACUGACUUACUUCCAUACACGGCUUAUAAUGUCACCAUCACAGCAGCGACACGUAAAGGCUCAGGACCACAUCUGCUGCUGCAGCUGCACACUGAUGAAGGAGGCCCCAUGUCCCCUCCCCGUAACCUCACCAUAUACAACCACACAGCAGUGUCUGUGUGGCUGAGUUGGGAGCCUCCUCUGGAGCCUAAUGGUGUAGUGAUGCACUACGGCUUCAGGAUCCGAAACCUCAUUACACACACCGUCACACACCAGAAUUCCUCUGGUCCGUCAACCACAGAGUAUCUAACUGGCUUCAGGCCUCACAGCUCCUAUGAGAUCAGUGUUUACAGUUACACCAGAGUGGGCCAUGGAAAUCACUUCAGCAGCCCUGUGACCUUCACCACUAAUGAGUCAGUUGCUGAUGCUGUGGGGAACCUGUCUUGCUCAGGUCUGAGCUGGGAUUCAAUUUUGCUGUCCUGGGAAGUUCCAGACAACCCUAAUGGGCAGAUCGUUUUUUAUGAGAUUACAGUGGAGAUGGAGCUGCAGUUUUCCACACACCAGGUUCACUCUACAGAGUACACAGUGACAGGGCUGUCGCCAGAGCAGUGGUACACACUCAGUGUCGCUGCAGUCAACGCUGCAGGACCUGGGGACGCAGUGAACUGCUCUGCUUUCACUCUCUCUGAAUCAGUCCCAGCUGCCCCUCGCUUCCUCACCAUCACUCAGGUGACACCCAACAACGUGACACUUCUCUGGGCUCCGCCGCUCUCCAUCCCCGGCGUGCUCAAAGAGUACCACAUCAUUGCACAGCUGCUUUCCACUGUUUGUGAAACAAACAUCAAACCGACUGCACAGCCGGCCUCAGAGGACGAGCUGACCCCGGAAUGUGUGGAGUCUGAUGUCACAGUGUUGAUGAAUGCUUCAGAUAGCAGUGAGACGACCCUCAACAGCAUCACGCUCCAAUUCCUCAAUAAAUACAGAUACUACCGUUUCAAAGUGGCAGCUGUGACCAACGCUGGAGUGGGAGAAUUCACACUCUGGAGCUAUGUGCGCACACUGGCUGGAAAUCCUGAUGCUCCGCCCCGUAACGUAAAAGUGACUGCCACCUCCAGCAGCUUUCGUAUUGCAUGGGACGCUCCGGCUGUUCUUUCAGGGCCGACUUCAUAUCUUGUCCAGGUGGAGGGACCCACUUUGAACAUGUCAACCGUGCGGGCCCCCGGAGAGCUGAUGACCGUCGUCGUGACAAACUUGACGGCAUUUUCUCGGUACUCUGUGACUAUCAUCGCCUUCACUGGACCACUGGCUCUGGCUGCCAGUGACGGGAAAGCUGUUGGACCCACAGAAUUUCAAACGCUGGAGGAGGAGCCCAAAGACCCUCCCAAGAACGUGAUUGUGUCAGUUAUCCCAGAGGAAGUGAACCGUGUGAGGGUGACCUUCACGGCCCCAGAAGAGCCCAAUGGAAACAUCACUGCCUACUUUGUGUACGUCUAUGAAAAAGAUCGACUGGUCAAGAACGUCAGCCUGAACGUCGUCCAAAGAGAGAACAACACACUGACUGCAGUCGUAGAAGGCCUGAAGGGAGGACACAGCUACAGCAUCCAGAUUUCAGCUAGGAACGGAGCCGGUAGGAGUCCACCCAGCUCACAUGUCCAGGUCACCACAGGAAUCAAAGCACCAGCCAAGCCAACCCAAAGACCCCAGGCAGAGCUGAGCCAUGGAGGUGCUGUCAUGGUAACCCACAGGACUAUCACCAUCCGCAUGCCCUCCUGUUUCUAUAGUGACAACAACGGACCAAUCACAAAAAUUCAGGUCAUCGUGGCCGAGUCAGGAGUGAAGGACGUCCAGAAUGUAACCAACUGGACCAAGGCUUUUUUCAGUCGUCCUGCUCCUUACCUGACAGACGACGGCUUCCCCAACCCGCCGUGCUUCUCGCUGGACGAGGCGUCACGUGCGGUCACACACGUCAGAGGUGAUGGCAGCGUGUCUGGAGACGGCCGGGCCCUGGUGCGGCACAAUCACACCACAGCGGGAACGUACGUGAUCGGAGCAAAUAAUGACUGCAUGCAGGAGAACAGCACUGAUCACUUCUGCAACGGACCUCUGAAGCCUAGCACGGUCUAUGUGUUCAAGUUCAGAGCCACAAACAUAAAUGGCCAACACACUGACUCCGAAUAUUCUGACCAUGUCAAAACUGCAGCGGAUGGACUGUUGACCAGGGAUGAACAGAUCAUUCUUGGUGUUCUGCUUUCCUUCUUCUUGGCCGUGUUACUCAUCACCAUCAUCUGUGUCUCAGUCAAAGUCCAUCAGCGCAAGAAAGAGGGCGGUACUUAUUCACCCAGAGAGGCAGAGAUCAUAGAGACCAAAUAUAAACUGGAUCAGCUGAUCGCUGUGGCAGACAUGGAGCUGAAACAGGAGAAACUCAACCGGUAUUCUUCCUUCUGGUUUAGACGGAAAGAGAUUUAUGUCAUCCAGCUUCUCAGCUACAGGAAAUCACUCAAACCCGUCAACAAGAAGUCUUUUCUGCAGCAUGUGGAGGAUCUGUGUGCCAACGACAACGCCAAGUUUCAGGAAGAGUUUGCUGAGCUCCCAAAGCUGCUGCAAGACCUGGCCACCACAGAUGCUGACCUGCCCUGGAACAAGUCCAAAAACCGCUUCCCUAACAUCAAACCUUAUAAUAACAACAGAGUGAAACUGCUGUCAGAACCAGGCACUGCAGGCUCUGACUUCAUCAACGCCAGCUUUGUCUCAGGCUACCUGUGUCCCAACGAGUUCAUAGCAACGCAGGGACCUCUGCCUGGAACAGUGGCCGAGUUUUGGAGGAUGAUCUGGGAAACGGGAACCCGCACCAUCGCCAUGCUCACGCAGUGUUACGAAAAAGGCAGAAUCCGGUGUCACAAGUACUGGCCUGAGGACAACAAGCCAAUGUCAGUGUUUAGUGACAUCCUCAUCUCAAAAGUGUCAGAGGAAGUCCUUCCUGACUGGACUGUCAGAACCCUGAAAGUAGAAAAGCACGGACACUACAUCAUGGUCCGUCACUUCAACUACACGUCGUGGCCUGAGCACGGCGUCCCAGAGUCCUGCAGCACGUUCAUUAAGUUCGUCAAAGCGGUCCGAACUCACAGGCACGACAACACCACCAUAGCGGUUCACUGCAGUGCUGGUGUGGGAAGAACGGGAGUGUUUAUUGCCUUGGACCACCUCAUUCAGCACGUCAGAGAUCACGACUUUGUGGAUAUUUACGGCCUGGUGGCUGAGCUGCGCAGCGAGAGGAUGUGCAUGGUGCAGAAUCUGGCUCAGUACAUCUUCCUACACCAAAGUACGCUGGAACUUCUAAACAACAAAGGCAACAGUCAGUCAAUCUGGUUUGUCAGCUACUCUUCUCUGGAGAAGAUGGACUCUCUGGAAGCGAUGGAAGGUGAUGUUGAGCUGGAGUGGGAGGAGACCACCAUGUAAAGACAGACUGAGGGACACCUGAGACCUGUGCACAGACUCUGGACAGCAGAACCUCCACCACUGCAAAGGGAGAGGACACAGGAGGUGAAAGUGUUGCAUCACUGCAUAUUUUCAAAGAGAGUGAAAGAAACAAAAAGGGACAAAGAGUUUCAGAAAAUCACAAAUGACAGCGACAGUGAGACAUCUGUCUCAUUUGUAGGCCGACACUUAGACUUUGCACAAAUUGAUUUCACAGUGUAUUGUGAGUGCUGUAUUAUACUGAGAUCAUCUGUAAUUUUUCUAAGAUAAAUUAUUCAGCCAAAA